UUCCGGAGGAAAAAAAAAAGAAGAAAAAGGAAAGAGUGCAAGGCUUUAUAAGUUGGAAGAAAACAAACUCUCAGUACGAGAUUGUAAGAAUACCUGUGACUGAGUCUUCAAAAUCUCUCAACACAGACAUUAAACUCAAAUUUAAGGUAAGAAAACUCUCGCUGUAACCGUUCAUAUCCUUUUCUAUUGAAUUUAUGUCUCUCGUGCUUCUUUUCUAUGAGGAUAAUUUAUUUGAAUCUUUAACAUACAUGUAAUCAAGUUAACAAUGACCCAUCUACAUAAGCUUAGAAUAGCUCGCAUUCUUGAAUGGGCUUCUUCUAAUUCUGUUGACUCUUACAAAAUCCCUAUAUGGUCAGCUGGUUCCUUAUUCUACACUGGAAAUAACCCUAGGUUCUAUAGGAGAAAAAGAGUAGUUCAAACUGUAAAUGGUGAUAAUUUUGAUGAACAUUCAAUAAAUGAUGGGCAAAGCGCUAGUAAAUUCUCUAAUGCAGUUAGAAAACAAGCCCAGGCUGCACUAAUAGAGUAUUUGCAUUCAACUAGAAGCUUACAGUUUGCUGAUGCAGAGCAUAUGAGUAAAAACUCACCAAAUUUUCUUGUCAAGUUACUACAAAGGAUUGAUACUGGGGCAGAUGUAGGGCGGUCUGUCACUCGUUUCUUGCGUUAUCAUCCCAUUAAUGAAUAUGAGCCUUUCUUUGAGAGUUCUGGAUUAAGAGCGUAUGAGUAUAAGUCUCUUCUUCCACGUGAUUUAAUGUUUUUGAGCGACAAUGAUCUGUUGCUAGAGAAUUAUCAUGUUUUGUGUAAUUAUGGUAUUCCAAGAAAUAAGAUAGGAAAGAUUUAUAAGGAAGCAGGAGAAAUUUUUCAGUACGACUGUGGGGUCUUGGCAUUGAAACUUCAAGCAUAUGAAAAAAUGGGGUUUGACCGGUCUUUUAUUGCUAAAAUGGUUGUCUGUAGCCCCUAUCAUUUGAUUGGGGAAAGGAAUGUAGAGUUUAUUAAGUCAGUGGAGAUAUUGAAGAAAGUGGGAAUUCGACUUUCUUGGAUUGAGGAGCAUUUGUCUGAGAAGAGUUCUCAUAACUGGAGCCAGUCACACGUACUUCUGGACUUAUUUAGCAAUUCGGGUUACAGUGAGGAACAGUUAAGAUUGCUGAUAAACCAGCAUCCAGGGAUCCUUUUUGAGGGUUCAGGGGAUAGGGCAUUAGCAAUAAUUGGGUUUAUGCUUAAAUUUGGAUCCUCAAUGAACCAGAUUUGUUCAAUGUUUCUACAGUUUCCACCAAUUCAAGUUUGGAAAUUUAAUUUGAAUUUGCGGCAAUGCUUUCUAUUCCUGACCGAGAUUGAGAUGGAGGGACUAGAGAUUGGUAAGAUCAUCCGUUCUCAUCCACUUCUGCUGGGUUCAUGUACAUUGAAAAAAACCAAUAGCUUGCUUUCUGCUCUAAAUGUUGGAAAGAAGCGACUUUGUGAUAUCAUACUACAAAACCCACAAGAAAUGAAGAACUGGGUGAUGGGAUCAAAAGUUGGAAAAUUGCCAAAUUCUGGAGAGAGACUGAGAUCUAAAACGCUAAAGAAAAAAUUUUUGUUGGACUUGGGAUUUUCAGAGAGUUCGAACGAAAUGGAAAAGGCACUAAAGGUUUUCCGAGGCAAAGGAGCAGAGCUCCAAGAGAGAUUUGAUUGUAUCAUGCAAGCUGGUUUGGUUAGGAAGGAUGUCUGUGAAAUGGUCAGAAUAGCCCCUCAAAUUCUUAAUCAGAAAAAGGAGGUUAUCAAAAUGAAAAUUGAUUUUAUUAUAAAUGAUUUGGGUUAUCCCAUUUCAGCUUUAGUUACAUAUCCUGCAUUUCUUAGCUAUACAAUACCAACUAUCAAGCUUAGGAUUGGAAUGUACAACUGGCUCAAAGAUCAAGGAAAGGUUGACCCCAUGCUCUCUUUGAGCACUAUAAUUGGCAUCUCAGAUAAAUUAUUUGUUAAGCGGUAUGUUGAACUUGAUCCCAGAGGCUCUGAAGUUUGGCUGGAUUUGAAGAAAAACAUUACUUCUGAAUAACACCUCUGCUGAAAUAACUUCUAAUUUCAUGGGAUCUGGGCUCUGCCUCUGUGAUGUAGGUGUGAAGAUCUUUAAUUAUGUUACCUCUACAGGAAUUUUUUAAUAAUUAUCCAUGUACCAAUAUGCCAAAGACAAUUUUGCUUGAGUUAGAAAGCAGAAAAUGGAGCAUCUGAAGCAAGGCAGCCUAAGAUCCCGGUAUUUGUCGUUUGGCUUUAGCUAGUUUUUUCUUAUCGUCUAUAUUGUUUCAGAUUUCCCCUCACUGAGAAAUGAAUUAGUCCAUUAUUCUUUCAGCAGUUGAUAGCUGUUUCUCAAUUGCAUUGCCAAUUGUUAAAGUCUAGCAAAAUUUACCACCUGAUCAAUAAUCUGCAUUGAUUUUCUGGAAGCAUGUGAUUUCAGUACUAUUAUAGUGGACAAUGCAGCUUGAUUUAUCCCAACACAACCUAAGAAUAAUUAUAUCCUCAUUGCUAUGGCCAUUCAUUUAUACUGAAAAAUUGUAUUGACUUGCAGAAUGUGUUUACCUUGACAUUUGAGCAUGAUAACGAUGAGAAUGUUUUGGAAAUGUGCUAUGUACACAUAUAUAUUGGUGUAUCAUGUGUUAUACCAAUGAUUAUAUAUGAUAUGAAAUUGGAUUGAUUGUACUUAACUCACCUUUUGGCAAUUUUGCAGACAAUUCUUUCCAAUUUGAGGGAAGAAAAAUGGUACCAUACCUGAUAAAAGAAUCGAAGAACUAUAUAUGCUAGGACGACAAAGCAUGUAGAAUUAAAUGAUACACUUAUUAGUGGAUAGAGGAUGUGUUUUGAUAAUCAAGCUGCAUUUCUUUGAAUCCAAUUUUUCAUGAGAAGACUAUAAUAGAUUUACCCUUUGACAGAGACUGUCAUGAAGGAAAAAAAAAAAAAAUCGCUGUUGCAUAUGUUUGAUUCAGAGGAUCAAUUGGUUGAUUUUCUUACCAAGACUAUCUUCUAUGAACGGUAAACCAUGUUAUGCAACAAGGUGAACAUGAUUGGCAUCUAUGCUCUAGCAGCCUGAUGGGAAGUGUUCACAUUUAUGUUAUUUUUCAUAUACUUAACCAUUACAAAUGCUAUAGGGAUCCUAAUACUUGGAGGGGUCAAUCUGUGAACUGGAUUCCAGAGGAGGAUGAUAUAAUGUGUGAGUGAAUAAUGCAAUUGUGAAACUUGCUGAUACAAGGGCAAACCUGUUCAAACAAAGUUAGUUCCGCCCAUGAUUCAUCUGUCUUUGCCAAUGACAUCCUCACAAAGUGCAUACAGGCACUACCUCCAUUGCCUACACUUAUCUUCGAAGAACGGUAUCAAACCUUAUUUUCUAGUAAUUUCUGCUCAAGUUUUCUUCUGCAUAUGCUCUAUAUCAAAUGCACUCAAAUUUCCCUUGUAUCUAUUGUUGUGAAUAGUGGAGAAGGAUUUGCUAGACUCUCAGAGUUUCAGUGACCGGACAUGUGAGAAGGACAGCAUCUCUGCUUAUGUUUCUUUCUUCUGUUCUGAUUCUUACAUUGAGAAGCACACUAAUUGUUUACAUUGUGUUUUUUCUUAUGUUCUAAUUCUUACAUUGAAAAGGGUACCACAUUGAAACUAAUUUGGGUUUUUCCUUUUAGGUGAUGACAAUUAAAAAAAAAAAAAAAAUUGAUCAGAGUUAUAGACAAUAGCUCUCCUCUCCCACUCAGGCUCAGUGAAGGCUCCUCUCCUCACACAAAUAUGCCUCCUGUGAGAUUUUCUUUAAUGCUUUCCUGCUUUCAACAAGCACUCAAUAUGUUUAUCAAUUUAAUUGUUUUUGUUGUUCAUUUGCUCCUACAUUUGAAAACUUUUUUUUUUUUUUAAUUUAGUUUAUUUUCUUUUUCACCAAAUAAUCCCUUUGUUUUUUUUUCCUGUUUCCCUUUCUUAAAUUUUUAUUGUUACUUGGAACUUUUUAAUGUGUAAUUACACAAUUAAAGAAUUUGAGAAAUAUUGAAUA